AUGUGGCCAGAGCUGAAGAAGCCUCAGGCUCAGCUGCAGGCCUGUAGCCAGCAAGGCAGAGGCGCUCCUCACUUGCCAGAUGGUGGGCAGCCGGGCAGAGGGACACCUCACUUCCCAGAUGGGGUGGACGGUCAGAGGCGCUCCUCACUUCCCAGACAGUUGGGCGGCUGGGCAGAGGCGCUCCUCACUUCCCAGACGACGGGUUGGCCGGGCAGAGGUGCUCCUCACUUCCCAGACAGUUGGCAGCCGGGCAAAGGGGCUCCUCACUUCCCAGAUGGGGCAGCGGCCGGGCAGAGGCACUCCUCACUUCCCAGACGCUUGGAGGCCGGGCAGAGGCGCUCCUCACUUCCCAGUCAGUUGGGCAGCCGGGCAGAGGCGCUCCUCACGUGCCAGAGGGUGGGGAGCCCGGCAAAGGCGCUUCUCACUUCCCAGACAGGGCGGCCAGGGAGAGGCGCUCCUCACUUGCCAGUCAGUUGGGCGGCCGGGCAGAGGAGCUCCUUACUUCCCAGUCAGUUGGGGGGCCGGAGAGAGGCGCUCCUCACUUCCCAGACAGGGCGGCGGCCAGGCAGAGGUGCUCCUCACUUCCACCUUCCUAAUGCCCUAAUACCUGAUAUUCUAGUUCAGUUCCUGGAAAAAAACAAAUUUCCAGUCACCUACCAGGGUACGGAAGAGGUAGCUGACCAGCUGAAUCAGACCUGUUUUCUUCCCAUCGAACCUCAGAAGCUGAUCCCCAAACCACCUCUUGCAGAAUGGGAUACAAGUUUAAAAGCCGGCAAAAUAAACCAAGAUCUUCCAGCUGUUUUUUGCGUGAUUGUUUCCAGACCUUUCAACAUUCUGAUCACCGUCCCUGGUCAGCUCCACUUUGUCAAUGCCCCCGUUAAAAUGUGGCAUCCCUAUCUAGUCACGAUCAUCCAGAUCCUAAAGGUGACUCCUUACUUAAUAAAGGUUUUUCUGUACAUCGCGAAUUAUAACAAGUGGAGGUAUAACCAGACCAUAGCCUACAUUUGCGCCAAUCACCGAGUUUUGGCCGAUCAAAUGUAG